GCCAUUUUUUACAACUACAAGCUCCCCGACACACAAAACAUAACACACUCCCGUUAUAACUGUAAAUAUUAUCGGAGUACACCACCGCAGUGAGACGUGAACAGCCGUCAUGUCGGACUUUAUUGUCAGCGAGGCUGAGGAGUCGGAGGAGGAGGAGGAGGAGGAGUUAGAAGAGAAAGACUUAAAACCUAAAAAGACCCAGCGGUUUGUGGAGGAAGAUGACGAGGAAGAAGAAGAAAACACAGAGGACCAGGAUGAACGAGGAAAUUUACGCGGUCUCAUUGAUGAUGCAGAAGAGGAGGACGAGGAGGCGGCGGCACCAGCACCUGCAAGUGCAGCGGGGAGUGACUCAGAAGAAGAAGUGAAGCAUCGACGGAAAAAACGCAAUCGUAGUGACGACUACCUGGAUGAUGAUGAUUUGGACCUGAUUGAGGAAAACUUGGGUGUUAAAGUGAAAAGAAGGAAGAAGAAAUACGACCGUGUAAAAACACUCGAUGAUGAUGAAGAAGAUGACGACGAGAAGGACUUGAUCGCGGAUGAGAUCUUUCAUGGAGAUGCAGAGGGCGAUCUGGAGGAAGGGGAGGCCGUCGAUGAGCCCCUCCACCAAGCAGAUGACGAGGAAGAAGGAGAAGACGAGGAGUCAGAUAUAGAUGAUUUUAUUGUGGAUGAUGACGGCCAACCCAUCACCAAAAAGAGGGGCAAGAAGUUCUCAGGAUACACAGAUGCAGCCCUCCAGGAGGCCCAGGAAAUCUUCGGCGGAGACUUUGACUUUGCUGAAUUUGACGCAGACGCAUACGACCAGGGUGAGGAGGAGGAGGAGGACCAGGAUGAAGAAGCUUGGGACCGACCCAAGAAGCAGACAAAGAGGAGGCAAGGCAGGAAGAGCAUCUUUGAGAUCUACGAGCCCAGCGAGCUGGAAAGUAGUCACAUGACCGACCAAGACAACGAGAUCCGUAACACAGACAUGCCGGAGAGGUUCCAGUUGCGAUCC